AUGGAUAUGAGUUACUUUAACUUUUUUCCUGGAGAAAAGAAAAAUACUGCUUCGACUUCGAAUCAAGAGGAGAUUGCGCGGCUCAAGAAAGAACUCCAUCAGACUAAACAAGAAAAUGAAAAAUUAAAAGAUCAAGUUAACAGAUUGAGUAGAGAAUAUGAACAAUCCGAAAGAGACCUCAAAGAAAAUAAUGAUUUGCUUAAGAAGAUAAUAGAAGAUUUAGAUAAAAAAGCUGCAGAUUAUCAAUCAGAAGCUGCACAUUAUCAAUCCGAGCUUGGCGGAAUAAAAAAUCUGCAAGAAGAAAGCAAUAUAAUCAAACUUGAAUACGAAAUUAAAGAACUAAAAAACGCUCUACAAACUUUGACAACUGCGAAAAAACGUAAAGUCAACCAAAAAGAGGUGAAAAAACUCUUGGAUAAAUACCAGUUGGAAUAUGAAAAACCUCCGAAUGGGAUUAUCAAUGCUGUUAUGCAACGUCACCUAUUCAACUCAAUCUACGAAUUAGUUCUAAAAGAAAUGGAAAAAAUAUUUUCGAUCAAUCCCGCAGAACGAACCAAAUUUACAGAAAAAGCAGUCAAGACAAUUCAAAAAUGUAUCAUGACUCUUUUCUUUAAUAUAAAAUUGCAAUACCCAUCUCUCGAAAUAGUAUGGCUGGAAAAAAACUGUCCUGUUAACGAUAUAUCGAUGGACCUCACUUGGGACGAUAUUGAAGAUAAUGCGAUUGUCGAGAUAUGUAAAUUUCCAUUGAUUCAGGAAAUCAGUACUAAAAAGAUUAUUUUCAAAGCUCAAGUCGAAAUUAUCGAUUCUCCCAUAAUGUAUCUUGCAAACCACGCACUGAAUUUGUAA